AUGGAGGAGUUUGUGGUGACGACGGUAGUGAUGGAUAAGAGUAAGAGUCCGAACCCGGCGGCGUUUGGCUGGAGAGUUUCUAGAUCUAGAUCCGUUGGGUGCAGAAGCAAGAGUUUUUCCGGGGACUUUUUCGAGCGAAUCUCUACUGGAUUCGAAGACUACACUCUCGGGCAAGUCGAGUCUCAGAGAGAAGGCCACCGCCAUGGUGGUGAAGAAUGGAAAUGCAUCAAGGAGAGAGUCAAGUAUGAUGGGAUUUUUAGUGGGUUCAUGAUCACUUCCUCAUCCUCUUCAUCUUCUUACUGGAUUUCAUCUUCAAUUGAAGAAAAUGGAAAGUCGACACUGGCAACGGCGACACCAGUGGUGGCGGCGACACAUGGAAGAUGUAAGAGUUGGGAUUGGGCAUUUGCAAGUCCAAUUAGAGCUUUCAAGCCUUCUUCUUUUUCAAGGAAGAGAGAGAUUUCUAACAAAACCACCACUCCAAACCUAAAUGCCACCCUUCAUUGUUGA